GAAAAAGAGACGGACGAAGUUUAGGAUAACUUUUUUUGGAAACGUGGCUGCAAGAGAAAUAGCAAUCAAAAAUUACGAAAAUGUCAUCACCGUGUGAACUCUUGGAGUCUCUUGGGUGUCGUGGCUCUUUAUUGAGUCGCUUCAUACACACUCGAAAUAUGGAUCCCUAUCUGCUGUUUGACAGAUAAACAGCAUCCGGUUCCACUGGAAAAACUACCCAUGAUGUCGGUCGAGUUACUCUUCUUCUCCUUUCUUUAAAUGUCCUCGUGUGUUGGUGUAUUCACGAGGACCCCCUUUUCUCCCUAUCCCGUCUGGUGGAUUCAACUUUUCUGCAAAUGGAAUGGAUCACUUGUGGAUGGAUGCCUGGCUGAAUUUUCCAGCCUAAAAGGUAAGAAACAUUUAUCUCUAUUCUUCUCUUUUUGACUAUUGGGUAGCGUUGAUUAUAAAUCGUUAGAGAGUUCGAUUAUUCCUGAGGUAGUAGGGGGGUCAUUAAAUAACCAAUGGAAGUGGGAAACUUACAAUUGAAAAUUUAAAUUAAAAAAUAACUCUUGUACUGCAGAUAAGGGCGGUGUUAUACCACACAACUAUGUCUGUGGGUAAACUAUCAAAUGCAAAAUAUUUUAACUUUACACACUUCAAGCAAAGUAGGACUACAACUAGAACUUUAAGACCGAGAGGGACCUGCUAUUUGCUGAUUAUUAGUUAUGCAUCCGCAUCUGUAACUACCCGGCUAGAACUGAAGCACAAGACAAAUGAGUCGUUUGAAAGAUGUUCCAUUGACCUAAAAAUUUAGAGCAAAAGGUGGAGAUCUAUGAUAUGUCGCCUGAUGUUGAAGAAUUAGGUCACUAGCGGUCAGCUGCCGCCGAAACCAUCGUUUCCGGGAUCUUGUUUAUCUUCUGUUUAUCAUUCAUGCCAGAGGGAGGGCUUAUACUACUUUAUUCCUAUAUCCACCCUCCUCCUGUUCUAGUGUAGAAUAACAAUUUCGUUAAAGAUUAUGAACCCAUUACGAACAAUUAUAAACACCUAUAAAUAAAUUAAUUGAUUAUGAACAUAAACACAAAACUGAGCUAUCAUCCACAGCAGCCCAUUACUUGCUGUAAUUCUACAACUUAAAAAUGAUUGAUGCGUGCUUAAAUCUAAACGAAGGCACGUGUUUCAAAUAAAACAAUUAUUUUCGGUUAUGGAAUUGGUUUGUGCAUUAUGUGUAGCUCAUAUAAAGGUAAAGCUGUUAAUUAAUUUUAAAACAAAUUAAAACAGUGAAUUCUUAUUUGGUUUCGCCCAACAUCUACCGUAUUUUUGGAAAAUAUCUGCAUCCUGCUUUAGGUGUGUUACAUUUCAACCGUAGAUAAAAGAACCGCAAUAUUUGGCCGUAAGGUCAUCAGUCUCAUUAAUUCAUGUCAUACUUGCUGGACCAGUUUGAUUUUAUUUGCUUUUUUCGUACAUUUCCUAUGCGUUGCAAAAGGGCACAUUUCCCGUUAGAUCUCAAAUAGACACUGUCAUACAUUGCAGUUUCACACGGUGACGUCUCGUGUUAAUUUGCAUUGAGAUAUUUCCAUCCAGUUACGUUAGAUAAUUAGGCUGAAAAAAAAAGAAUAGAAGAAAUACAGGAGCGUCUGUCGAUUCCCUAUUCUUUUUUUUUGUAUUGGUUUUUCCCGGGUUAAAAGCGACACGUGGACAGGUUAGCCAGUUCGUCCAGCAAUGGAGGGGGGCAGGUGCACGCGGGGUUGCAUAAAAGGACAGGACGGUCACCGUUCUCACUCAGUUCGCUUCUCUGGCUCCAUCCACCUCUUAGCUUGACCGUCCUGCCAUCGAGGAGAGAUAGCAGUUGCAGUCGAGUGGAUUAAUAAGCUCAUUCUAAUUCGGUGAAAAACUGAUUAAAAUGUGGCAAACUUUGUUUAUCGUCACCGUCUUGAUUCUCCAAGUUACCUUGGCAGCACAGCCUCGUGAGUCAGACGAAAAUGAAAUAAAGGCCAAUGCAUUGCCGGAUCGUCUGGCCAAACGAGUAUGUUACUUUAGCAACUGGGCCGUCUACCGUCCUGGAAAAGGAUCGUACGACAUCGACGAUAUCCCCGGUGAAAUGUGUACGCACAUCAUCUAUUCCUUCUGCGGCGUUAGUAACGUCACCUGGGGUGUUCUGGUUUUGGAUCAAGAGCGAGACAUCGACAAUGGAGGCUAUGCCAAAUUUGUCGCCCUGAAAAACAAAUAUCCCAACUUGAAACCCAUGUUGGCAGUAGGCGGAUGGGGUGAAGGUGGUAAGAAAUAUUCGCAAAUGGCAUCUGUUCCGGCUCGCCGUCAAUCCUUUGUUAGCAGUGUCGUAGAGUACAUGAAUCAGUAUGGAUUCGAUGGAUUCGAUCUCGAUUGGGAAUACCCCGGCGCUGCAGACCGUGGAGGCACUUAUGCCGACAAGGAAACCUUCCUUGCCCUUGUUCGAGAAUUGCGUGCUGCUUUCGAUGCUGUUGGCAAGGGAUGGGAAUUGACUGCUGCGGUUCCAGUUGCCAAGUUCCGUUUGCAGGAGGGAUAUCAUGUCCCAGAGUUGUGCCAAUUGCUUGAUGCUAUUCACGUUAUGACAUAUGAUCUGCGAGGAAAUUGGGUAGGAUUUGCUGACGUUCAUUCUCAACUCUACCGACGACCUGGCCUUGAUCAAUACGCAUACGAAAAACUUAACGUGAACGAUGGCCUGUUGCUCUGGGAAGAAUUCGGAUGCCCGAGAGAUAAGCUUGUCGUUGGAACUCCAUUUUAUGGCCGCACGUAUACUUUGGGUGACCCCAAAAGCACCGAUUUGGGAGCAUACAUCGUCAAGUGGGCAGGAGGCGGUGAACCUGGUCCAUUUACCAAUGCGUCAGGAUUUAUGGCUCAUUACGAGAUUUGCGUGAAACAUCUGGAUCCAGCUGAUGGAUGGGUUAAGCGAUACGACGAUGUCGGCAAAGUACCUUUCACUCACAAAGAUCGCCAAUGGAUCGGCUAUGAAGACGAAGAUUCCUUAAAGAUUAAAAUGGACUUUAUUCGAGCUAGAGGAUACGGCGGAGCAAUGACGUGGGCAAUUGACAUGGACGAUUUCCACAACCUUUGCGGAAAGGGCCAUCAUUCAAUGAUGAAGGUUCUUUAUGAUGGAAUGAAAGACUAUAUUGUUCCAGUCCCACCUCCCAUGACAACUACUACCGCUGUAACAUGGUGGAAACCUUGGCGUCCCGAUCCCACAAAGUCACUUGACUCGGUACCGUCCACGACACAAAAGCCAAAAGAAGCAGUUAAGCUGGAAGAAACAGUUCAGCCAGAAGAAACAGUUCAGCCAGUCGAUGUCGCCGGACUAGAUUGUAACAAACAAAGUUAUUGGCCUCACGAAAAAUGCGCCAAGUACUAUUGGUGUGUUCAAGGAUCUCCACGUUUGCUAGAAUGCCCCGGCGGAUCUGUCUGGAAUAGAGUAGGAAACUUUUGCGAUUGGGCGAAGAACACGGACACUUCUACUUGCACACUCUAAGUUAACGAAACGGCUUUCACCCUCAAUCUAUUAAUAAAUUAUGACUGCUAAUUAUACCGGAUAAUGUAUGAACUGUAUGGAUGUGCGUACUCUCAACCAGAGAUGAAUAAAGGAUGGUUACCUGUUA